AUGGAGGCAAAUGUUAUCAAAGAAACACCUUUUCUGAUUGAAAAUUUGACAAGUAAAAACGGACAAAGUUUGCAUAAACAAAUGCUCAUUCAAUACAUUCGAGAUCUAUUCGACGCUGGAUCAGAAACGACGAGCACAACCUUAGGUUGGGUAUUGGUGUGCUUUGGAAAUUAUCCAGAAUGUCAAGAACAAAUAGCGGAUGAAGUUAAGAAAACAUUAGGUGAAGACGGUUUACCAAGUAUGAAACAUCAAAAUGACAUGCCGUAUACAUGUGCUUUUAUACAUGAACUUAUGAGACAUCGAACGUUGGUCCCGUUGAGUGUAUAUCACAAGACCAACGAAGAAGCGACUCUCGAUGAAUACAUAAUUCCUAAAAACACGACGGUCCUAGAAGUUGCAUCGGAAAACAACUGGCCAAGAUGGAGAUUUUUAUCUUUCUAA